AUGCUUGCCAAACACGUCCUUGCUGUUCUUCUGUCCGUUGGCGCUUCCGCCAUCCCUUUUGACAAGCGAGAUGCGUCCACUGUUCUCGCUGAUUUUGGCACACUCUCGACCGAUCUGUCGGCCCUCGGCUCUGCUAUUUCGAGCUUCGAUGGAACGCUCAAUGGUGCCUUGGCUGUCCAGCAGAAGGAAGGUGAAGUGGAGACAGCAUUGAAGCAAACCGUCAGCGAUGUAAAAGCAUCUACUGCAUUCAGUGCCGCUGACAGCACAAGUGUGACCAAUGCUGUGACUGGUCUGGAGCCUAAUAUUGUGACAGUUCUCAAUGAUCUUGUAUCUAAGAAAUCCGGGUUUGACUCUGUUGGAGUUACCAGCAUUGUCGUUUCGGAUCUCAACUCCCUCCAUGAUCUUACUGGUCAGCUCUCAACUGAGCUCCAGUCGAAGGUCACUUCAGGUGACGCAUCCACCAUUUCUGAUGAGGCUGCGCGUCUUGAUGCGGAAUAUCAAAAGGCUAUCGCUGCCUAUUCCUAA